CAAGCAGAAGUCUAAGGGGGUCAGCUUGAACUUUCAAAUACCAAACAUUACCCGAUGGUGUUGAUCAUAUCAUGAUGGCUUUAAACUCAGGGUCACCACCAGGUGCUGGACCUUACUAUGAAAACCAUGGAUUCCAGGCAGAAAACUUGUACCCGCCACUGCCCGCCGGCGUGCCUGGUGCCUAUCCAGCCUACCCAGCCCAGUACUACCCGCCCCCCGUGCCCCAGUACAUCCCGAAGGUUCUGACGCACGCUUCGAGCCCUGUCAUCCACACGCAGCCCAAGGCCCCCUCCGGGACUGGGUGCACCUCAAAAGCCAGGAAAGCGCUCUGCAUCACCUUCGCUCUGGGGGCCGUCCUCGCUGGCGGGGUCCUGGCCGCAGUGCUGCUCUGGAGGUUCUUGGACAGCCAGUGCUCCGUCUCAGGGAUCGAGUGUGGCUCCUCAGGGACCUGUGUCAGCCCCUCGCUCUGGUGUGACGGCAUCUCCCACUGCCCCAGUGGGGAGGAUGAGAACCGCUGUGUGCGCCUCUACGGACCCAACUUCAUCCUGCAGGUGUACUCAUCCCAGAGGAAGUCCUGGCACCCCGUGUGCCAGGAUGACUGGAGCGAGAACUACGGGCGGGCCGCCUGCAGAGACAUGGGCUACAAGCACAACUUUUACUUGAGCCAUGGUGUAGUAGACGACAGCGGGGCCACCAGCUUUAUGAAGCUGAACACCAGUGCCGGGAACAUCGAUCUGUACAAGAGACUGUUCCACAGCGACCUCUGUUCUUCUAAAAUGGUGGUUUCUUUGCAGUGUAUAGAGUGUGGGGUCACAGCCAAAAUGACCAGCCAGAGCCGGAUUGUGGGGGGCGAGGGCGCCGCCCUGGGGGACUGGCCCUGGCAGGUAAGCCUGCACGUCCAGGGCGUGCACGUCUGCGGGGGCUCCAUCAUCACCCCCGAGUGGAUCAUCACGGCCGCCCACUGUGUGGAAGAACCUCUUUCCAACCCGAGAUAUUGGACGGCCUUUGCGGGGAUUUUGAAGCAGUCGUUCAUGUUCUACGGAAGUGGGAAGCGGAUUGAAAAGGUCAUUUCUCAUCCGAGUUAUGAUGCCAAGACCAAGAGCAAUGACGUAGCUCUGAUGAAACUGCAGACCCCGCUGACCCUCAGUGACAGAAUAAGGCCCGUGUGUCUGCCCAACCCGGGCCUGAUGCUGGAGCCCACGCAGACCUGCUGGAUUUCUGGAUGGGGCGCCACCCACGAGAAAGGGAAAACCUCUGAAGUGCUGAAUGCAGCGGAGGUGCACCUCAUCGAGCCCCAGAGCUGUAACAGCAGAUACGUCUACAACAACCUCGUCACGCCCGCCAUGAUCUGCGCAGGGUACCUGCAGGGAAACGUUGAUUCCUGCCAGGGUGACAGCGGAGGUCCUCUGGUCACCUUGAAGAACAAUAUCUGGUGGUUGAUUGGGGACACAAGCUGGGGAUCUGGAUGUGCCAAGGCGAACAGGCCCGGAGUGUAUGGAAAUGUGACGGUGUUCACAGACUGGAUUUACCGGCAAAUGAGGGCCCACGGCUGAUGUGUGAGUCCAGGAACCACCCUUCCCAGCACAAGGAGAUGAGGGGCUACUGUGAUCUCGGCCCCGGGCUUCAUGUGUUCUUAGCGAUGAUUCCAAGGUCCUUUCAUUUUAUUAAACAGUUGAACUUGGCUGACUGGGUGCUGUCCCCACUGGCUCCCUCUUGGAGACCCACUCUCCCCCACAUAGCGUGGGGGCCCCGAUGCCUCUCCAGAGGGCUGGCGGCCCCACAGAUGUGGGCGCCUGGGGUCAGAGGGUCAGGGCCUGCAGAGGGGAGUGACCGAGAGGGCUGGAGGCCCCCUGCUGCACCCACUCAGGGGCCUACACUGGGGUGAACUGGACAAGGGGAGUUCUCGGCUGCUGGAUGGCUUGAGACGAAAAAGGGAAUGUACCCCUGAGGGAGAGUUGGGGGACCUGCAGGCCCAGAAAGGCUCCCCCCUCCCCCACGAAGGGCUUGCUGGUCUUUUUCUGGGCCCCCUUACUCAUCCCUAGAUGGUAGCUGGAGGGAAGGGAACCAGCCCUUAGGGUUGCUCCUGCGGCAGCAACAGCCCUGCUGCUCUUGCUGGGGGGUGAGCCUGGACAGAGCCCUUGGACCUGGGAUGGAAUAGCUCACCCCAGACCCCACAAGUUCCCCACCAGCUGCUGACGCAUUGUGUUGUGUCAAGAGGAGACAAGCCUUGCUCCCCUCCCCUUCCUCACAACCCCCACCCAAACGCUGUGUGCCCUAGUUUCUCGGAAGGGAGGCCCUUGGGUACUAUGUUGCCCCAUCACAUGUCUACUAACCGCAGGAUGCCCUGUCUGCAGGCAGUGCUCCGACGGGUAACUACCUCAGGACUCAGGUGGAGUCUUCUCGUGCCUUUAAGUGGGUCACUUGCACUCCCUCCGUGGGACCUGUCCUGGUCCUUGCCAAGCAGGAGCCAGGGUGUGUUUGAGCUACUCCUUCCAAAUGCUGGCUCCUAGUUUAGUGUUUGUAAAGAAAUGUGCUCCAGAGGACGGCCUGCGUCUCAGGCAGGGGUGAGAAGAUGCAUUCUGGAGUUCCCCAGGACAUCCCCCCUCUGCCCUUUUCAUCUCCACCGCAGGGAAGGCACCCUCGCCGUUUGCCCAGUGUGCCACUUCAGGGCCCUUUCUGGAGGGCAGCUUUCUUCUGCCCGCCUCCUUCCCACCCACACUGGUUUCCAAGGAUGUAGUGAUAGGCCCAGUGCCUAUACUUCUUCCCCUCACUGGAGGCACGGUGCCAUGGCAGCCUGUGCAUGCCACCUUGAGCCAGGGAAUGCCACCCCUGGGAUUGGCAGACCCACCACCCUGCCAGGUGCCUGCUUCCCAUGCCAGGGGUGGGGCACCUCUGUGACACUGAUGGAAACACUUCUCCCCAGUGCUUCCUUGUAUGUAUCAGCCGCUGUCUGUCUUCUGUUUUGUAUCUUUUUAACCUGGAACAUUCAAUUGUGAAAUAAAUUAUAUGAUUUUUUCCC